CCAAGUACACCCUCCUACGCGAUUUAGUACGGCCGUUCCGCGUUUUUCGACUUUGAUAGCGCACCUUCACUCACUGUGUCUGUAAUGGACCAUUAUGUCUUCAUGGAACCUUCAUAUCCUUGAUUCCGAUGGCAAACACAUCGGCAGUCACCAUCAAGCAAUCACAUCACUGACACGGCAUUCGGUCUUCAUUAAGGGAAAGACACAGCAGCCUAGCACAUGGCGAUUCACUGACUAUCACGACGAAACCCAAGCUAAAAGUGAUUGGGUCGUCCUGUUCGAGUUCGAGGGUGGCGGUAUCAAGCUUAGCACAGACAUACCUGACACUUUCAUCAAGUCUGCAUUGCCGGCUCACCCGCUGGUUUCUCGCAUCCGACUACCGUGCACGAUUGACAAAACCAACCACUUUGCUAUACUGCGCCAUGACGAUUGCUUGGAAUUCGACAACCUGGCAGCUAGUGUGAAGAUUGAUUUCGAGUCGAAUACAACCAAUCUGGACGUUCAAGUCGAGUCAUCCGGACCUGGGGCCGCCACUCACAGAAUCAAACGCGAGAAGGUCAAGGAAGAAGUGGAUUCUGACGAAGACGAAGAGACCGAUGAAGAAAGUUUCCAGCCGCCUGCAGAUGUGCGUCGUGGCACGUCAGCUGAGGAGUCUCAGCACCUCUUUUCUACCAGCAGAGAGAAUCUGAGUCCGACACCGCGUCCCACCACGAGAGAAUCGCAAAUUGUACAGGAUACGCCCAAUCAACGUAGAUUUCGAUCCCAACAUGAAUCUACCAUCCCCGAGAGUCUUCCAAUGGACCAACUACAGCCUGAGCAGCCAGAGCCCGCAUUCGCCCCAACCGCCGUCGAAAGCACCUUCGCCGCCUUGCCUGACAUCCAUACCGGCGAGCUUCCGAACACAUCCCCAUCAGAUAUGCUUGCCUUCCAACUGCCUAAGGAGCCGACUCCAUCUCUCUUCGAUCAAGCCAGCAUCACUGUCGAGGAAGUUGGCACGCUCCUCACAAACCUGAACGAGGACAACCCUGCGUCUCAAGCCCCAAUGACGAUUGACUCCCCGAAGAGAGCGCCUAAAUCAAUUCUGGUUUCAAGACAGCUUCACGAGGAUUCAUCUACCGAAGAUCCGGUGGAAGCAACAGAUUCGCCAGAUUCGCCGGACCUGCAAGACGCACCCGCAAGCGUAGAUUCAGCCAUCAUAGAGCCCGAGCACUCCCCGUCACCCGUCGAUAUCAUCAAUGGUGAGAUUGAAAACGAUCACGCAACGACUGGCUCAGAUGGCGACCUCGCUGCCACCGUGGAACCAAGCCCAGUCUUGCCAAAGACCAAGCACAGAACUCCUGUCGCUGCUGUGAAAAAGAGGAAGGUCACAGACUCUAGCGGUCCCGCCGCCUCAGCCAAACGUGCAAAGUUUACUGAAGAUGAAACAUCGACCACCAGUACUACCCCUCUGAGUACAGCCUCAAGGCGCAGUUCCGGUAAGACGAAGGGUCUCCAAACUCCAUCCGGCUCGGCACCCACGCGCGGCUCAUCACGAAGAAAGAGUGUUGAUGACGAAGUGCCUCCGGGCUCUAUCUCCCGACGCGUUUCGAAUAGACAUAGGAGCGUAGAGAGUGAAAGUGCUACGUCAGGCUCACCAGCGUUGACCGGACGUGAAUAUACUGGCCCUCCACCCGUCAUCAUCUACUCGAACACCAAGGUCUACGAAAGAGCUAUGUUAAUGAAGUUCAUGAAGAGUCACGGUGCCACUCGGACCGAAGACAGCAAGAGCGCAAACUUCUUGUGCGUAGGUGGCGGAGAACUUUUGAAGACACCGAAACUACUUCACAGCUUGACGUUGGGCAAGACGAUCGUCACCGACGACUGGGUAUCGCAAUCAGUCACCGCGGGACGUCUCUUAGACACAGACGAGUUCCUGCCCGAGGAACUCAAGGCCACCAAACACAUGGAUCGCACAGGCAUUUUCACCGACCAAGUGAUAUAUGUCUCUCCGACGCAACGAAUCGCGUACAAGAAGGGCUGGGAUGAUGUGAUGGCUAUUGUCAGACAGGCUGGUGGGACGGACCCUCAAACCGGACCCCUCGCAAAACUCGACAACAUGGAUAGGAUUACUCUGUACAUAGGUGCUGACAAAGACGAUGAUGUCGUUGCAGAACUACAGGAUAUGGGAGAGACAGUGUACAAAAAGGACAUACUUGGUGCAAGCAUUGUCGCAGGAGAAUUGCAACUCGACGAGUCAUUGGAGCUUCCCGCUGUGGAGUUGACGGUGAAGGAAGAAUCAAAGACGACAAAGGCAACACCGAAGUCUGCGAAGAAGGCAGGACGUAAGAAGAAAGCUUAGACGAAGUGGUCAUCAUGUACAGGUUCAGAACAAGGCAUUCGGGUAUACAAGGCAUGGAAGGUUUAGCGUAUGCGCAUUGCUAGAUAUCGGGUGAGCACAAAGCAUUCAUCGCCCCCGCAUCCGUUCUCUCACCUCUAGACUUCCUUCAUCGAAUCGUAAGUGUGCGAGAAAUGGCGGGUUCUUCUCGAUGUUCGAUUUUUGAUAGACGAACUAAUCAUAUGGCUUGAUGACCCCCAGCACUCACCACAGUCCAUCGAGUCAAGCGAUGGC